AUGGCUACUGGCACCCAAUUCUACACCGUACAUCGUGUAGUUCAAUGCACGAAAGUGGCACUGGAGUUCCCAUCCAGCUGGGGCGGUUCAGUACGAAUCGGACAGAAACUCAGAAGCUUCGCUACCAACAGUUCCGCUCUUGUGAUGGACAGGGCUCAAUGGACCACAGUCGUCGUUGGCCCAGACACCCAGUUGGCUUGGCAUACCCUUCUAUGCAAUGUCUCAGAAAGGAAUACCAAAAUUCAAUAUGAACAAUAUGGGGUAUUGCCAUGCACUCUCAUUAUGAAGAGCGAUUGGUGUUUGCGUCCUCGGCAACGCACUUCUCUAUGCUAUCUUGUCACCGCCAAUGUGCUAGCCCGUCGGCAUCCUCCUAGUGGAGUAAGGACAGAUAAUGUAUGCUGGGGCCUCGGUCCGGCUCUCGGCGCCAAUUGCCUGGGAGGAUCCUCAGUGGGUAUCAACUCGUAAGAACGACCUGGUACUGUAGCAUUCGUGGCGUUUGUGACCGCACAAAGCUCAUAAA